AUGGCGGCAAAACUUCAAAUUCACACGCCAUACGUGCUUCAGGCACUUCCGCGCCCGCUCAAUGGCUCAGAUGGCUUGGGUCGCUAUCUCGCGGGAGAUGUGUUUGGUCAGAAACAAGACGAUAAGCGGCGCAAAAGGACGGAGCUCGCCGUAGCGAUUGACGGCGUUGCCGUAUACAUAUACGAUAUCAUCUCCUCCCAAGCUGUCACAUCCUACCUGAUUUCACCUCAGUCCGUCUUCACCUGCGCGCCGUAUUCCCUUCGUUGGCGGCCGGCAUCGUCCAAGACGGCUACACGUUACACCUACGUUUCGCUUUUGACGAGCGACGCAUCCUCUUCUUCCUCGAAGCGGGAGAUUAAGCUAUUCAAAGAGGAGACCUCCGGGGCGGGCACGACAACAGCGAUCCCGGUUUCUCAUGCUCUCCGCUGCGAUGCGCCCAUUGUCAACCUUUUCGCCAGCUCACCCCGGAGUUCGAAAACAAACCUCGCGAGCGACGAAUCCUCCGAUCACGACCUGGUUGUCUUGGCUGCUGAUGGCACGAUUUUGUGUUUGAAUGGGGAGACACUCGAGGAGCGGUGGCAGGUGUCGUCGUCGGCGCUAUCUAAAGAACUCCUUGCGGGUUCGAAGUCGGAGCUUCGUGUUGACUUCGCUCAGCCUACGUUGGCGGCCGACGUAGUUGAUGGACUUUUUGAUGGUAGGAACGAAUUGUUUGGCGUCUUCCAGGAGAAGAUUCACCGCGAUGGCUUCAACCCAGAUUUCCUAAUCGUAAUCACCUCGGACAAAUUGUCCCAGAGGCGGCACUUGCACGUCCUGGCAUUGCCCUCGGAAAGGGAGGCACAGCAGACGAGCAACGAGCGUCUCAUUUCGGUGUUUGCUGCUCCUCUUCCGGUCGAAGUAGAUUGCGCCAGAUACCAGCUCGACGUCAGAUCCGGAACGCUACAAACGCUAUCUGGGGGCACGAUCACCACAUACGGUUUCAACAAUGGCAUACCCCGACUCGAAAACAAGCUGCAAGUCUCAGGCCUAACCUCGUUCCUUCGAUUAUCGAAGACAUCCGUCCUUACAGCAUCAGCUGAUGGCUUCUCGGUCUACAACCCGAUCUACCGGUCGCUCCAGGCCAGCACCCCCGCCGAUGCCGAGGCACCAGAAGAUGCGGCUGGGGCAUUCGAGUUCGUUACCUAUCUCGCGAGUCGGGAGAUCGCCGUCUGUCUCCGUGGAUCGAACCUCGCCGCGGUCCAAAUUGAAGCGCCGAAGAACCGGACCACGAAGCGUCGCGCAGAAGGUUUGCUGACAGAUGCGAUUCGUCGCGGCAUUUCUCGAGAUGUCUCUGAUCAAAAGCGAGCUCGGGCGGACCAUCCCGCUUCUGCCGUCCUCGCGGAGCCUGGGUUUGGUUCGGCAGAGGCAUCGUGGCCGGAAUGGCAAAGCAAAUCCGUACAGGCAGACGAGCUUCUUCACAAUAACGACCUCCGCUCUUGGGAAGAGCUCUUAGCAGAAGCUUUCAAGGUCCCUAUCAAGUCAGGCGAGCCUGAGGUUGAGAAAGGAGCGCUGACGAAUGGAACUGCUUCCCCGACUCACCUCUCGGAAUGGGUAUGGCCCUCGUCAAGGGCUGAGUAUCCGCGCGUUGAUAGGCGUUGGGUCUUCUAUGCCAUCAACAAAACCUUUACUUGGAACGAACAGAGCUAUGACUCAAACGCCUCACGGUUGGCAUGUCGCCUCCCAGACAGCAACGUCCUCAGUUAUCUUGUGGAUGCUGGACACCUGUCGACACCAAACAUCAAAUCGGCAUUUAGGGACGAGGUUCGUGAAGUGAAUGAGGCCGAAGACAUCAUCGGGACGGAAAUUCCCGUUCUGUUAGCUGAGGCCGAUCCUACGAUGCAGCUCCUUUUAGGGUACCUAUCAGGGACGCAGCUUGGAUCGACGGAGCUGGUGUCUUCCAUCAAACUUCUGCUCCGGAGCCUGGGUUUGUUCGAGGAUUCCUCCAAGAUUUUGAUGCGGCUCACAGAGAACGGCGAAGAGCCACACGCGCAAGAGAAUGAAGCAAUCACCAUGGAGUUGGAUCGAGCGGAGGAGGAGUUACAAAUCACGGAACACUACUUGGGCGGGCACCGGACAAGAGGCUUGGGGAUUGCUUUUAGCAAAUUGGCAGCGUGUCCCGCGGUGGCGACGGUCCAGAGCCUUCGCCGUCUCUUCAAACCUGAGGAGACUAUCGGUUUGAUGAAUGUGUUGCGGGCUGAGCUCAUUAAGGACGGCUGGACUACACGCUAUCUCGACCGCACUGGAGUCGACCAGAGUGAAAUCGAAGCGCCUCCUGAUGGGAGCAUCCAGCUCAUCGCAGAUCUCAUGUCUAGAUGUAUCGACUCCGUGGGCCUGGGUGGAUGGAUGGCUUCGGAUACCAUGCUCGCAAGCUCACGCAGCCAAGAGGACUCGGCCGAUUUCUUUAGCCAGUUCCAGGCCGAAGUCAGUGUGGCCCUGGAAGGCAUCAUGGAGGCCGUGCAUCUGCAAGGGGCUCUAGCGGAGGCAGUCAGCUACGCAAAAAGGGCGAGGAAAGCACUUGUGGGCUCGGCUAAGGCCAAGACGGUAUCUCUGCCCAUUUCCGAGGAACUUCCGCUGGGGCUCAAGACAGACACCCGCGUUUCCACGGAGAGGGUCAGGUCAGGCGGCGAAAUCGUCCCUCGGAGUAGCAGACAGGUUGGUCACUUUGUUAGCAAGAAGCGGGGAAUCUACUCGGUGCAUCGGAUAUCGGAGGAGACACUGCAGGGUGGAGCUGGCGCCACUGUCGUUCAGGAAGCCCGCUGA